UUCAGUCAUGUAAGACGUCGCUAAAGAAUAUAGCUAUACAACAACUUUGGAAAAGAAUUUAUUCUUCAAAAUGCCGGGAAAUCAUUUUCCGGCAAUUUGUGGAAUAAUUGUAUUACUGACAUGUGCUUCUUCAAGUUUCAUUAACUUUGAACCAGGGUUUGAGUACCAGUACAAGUAUGAUUCCAAUGCAAAUGUGAAAAACAUUGGAGAUUUUCAAGUAUUAGCCAAGGUCGGCUACAUCAACGUCGGAGACAGCGGGGACGGACAGGAGGUCUACGUGAAGGUGUAUACUCUGGCUCUGAAGACCAAACACACAGAAGACACCAUCGCCCACCGUUUGGACUUCUCGAAAUGGUUCUCGUUUGUGAUCACGCCCCAUGGCGAGAUUCUCCACGUCUACCACCCUCCCGACGACGACGAUGAAGCUGUUGCCAUGAAGAAGGGAGCCGCCGCCAUGUUUGCUUCUCGUCUCCACCAGGCCACUGAGAACCAUGUCCAUGCAACUGACGACGGCUGGGGCUAUCACGUGAGAGAGACUGGAAAUGAGGGUCCACACAACGCCACCUACACUGUGCGGCCGACUCUCACAGGUCACGUGUUCACCAAGAAAAGGCACCCUGGCCACCAUCCCGUCAAGCAUGCGACGUCAGAGUAUACCAAGACGUUGUAUUACGACUCUGCCCUUGGGACUAUGCACACCAUUCAGGUGAAGGAAAAGUUACAGGUCAUGCAUAAGACUGCAGAAGGAUACAACCCGUAUGAAAACAGUCGCCCUGUAAAAGCGGUCAACAACUUCACGCAAAUGGACUACCCCGAGAUGUCAGCUCAAGGCACAGGAAAGUUGGUGUUCCUCAGCAGACACAAGGCCGUCAGUAUUCCCAGCAGACCAAAGACAGACAUCACGAGGGCGUCCAUUCAUAUCAAAGAGGUGAAGCAAAAGAAGCCAGCAAUCGAUGUGAAGGAACACCUGCAAUAUGUGAAGGGGAACCUCACGUGCAUGCGAAACGAGCCAGAAAAAGGUUCGAAGAAGUUGGACAAAUGCUUCACGGGAAUUGUAUCUGUUCUCCAAGACUUACCUGACCAGGCGUUGGUUCUCCUUGCUGAAAAGUACCUGACAGAUAGGCCGAGACUGACCAAGACCUUCAAGGACCAGAACCAUAUGUUUGAUGCUAUCGCCAGUCUGACCACAGACCUGUCCCAGCAGCUCCUGCUAGACCUUGUCCUCAAUAGAUCCAGACCCGACUCCUCCCUGGUGAAGAGACUCAUGUUCCACAUCAUCUCACUUGAUGGACCACCGAUAGACAAUAUCAUCACGAAACUGAAGAGCCUGUGUUUUGAGCGCGAUAAGGCCCCCGUGGCUUUACAGGAACAAGAAACAUAUCACAGAAUGGUGCUGGCAUUGGGGGUGGUUGCUAGGCGACUGUUGGACGCUGGGAGGAAGGAGGAAGCGGUUGAUAUUGUCCUGAAGCUGGAGGGAUGGCUAGGAUUGCACGAUCCCUGGAUGUUCCGUCAGAAACGGUCCACCAUGACAGAACGUGAAGUCCUUGAUGACGACCGUUGGAGAGUUAUCGUGCUGGGAUCUCUGGGUAAUGCCGGUCUCGACCAAUCAUUUGAGAUGAUUGUGUCACAUGUCAACACCACCAACUCUCAGUGGGUGAAGCGAGCUGGGAUACACGCCAUGAGGAAGUACCGACACGAAGGGGCAGCACAUCUGAUGUUGAAGACAGCCCUGUACGAUGACGACGAGAAAGUCCGAUAUGAAGCUCUGCUACAAUACCAGGCCCACCCAAAGGCUGCCAUAAUCGCUCCCAUGUACAGACAAGAAGGUCCUAUGAAUGGAUCCAUAUUUCACGUGGACCCCCGCUAUGUUGGCAAGCGGGACAUUGAGGUACACGACCGACACAAAAGGGGACUCUUUGAUGAGAAGAUCGAAUUCAUACUGGCUUCACCCAGCGUAGACUGGAAGAAGAUGCUUGGGUCAACAACCAUUGGAGCGUCCUUUGGACUGAUUAUUAACAACGCUUUAGACUUCAAAAUAGCGCCUCUGAGCGGACACAUGAGAAUAAACAUCCACGAUGAAGCUUACGCCCGCAUCCACCUUGGCUUCUUGGGAAAGAACCUGGAAUUCUUUAUGGGGAGGAUCUGCUUCAAGGGAGGAGCGUCUUACAACCUGAACAUGCUGCAGGAGUACGGCGUGGACAACCUCAAGAAACUGGUUGAGCUCUACGACGCUGUUAAAGGUGAUGCUGCUGGCGCUCUAGGAGCAGGUCUUGAUCUGUUCAAGAGCAUCGUCAGUGGAGAGUUCUCGUUUGCUGACAUGAUAGAAGGUUUCAGGACGGCACUGGAAGAGCUACCAGAUAAGGUUGUCAGUGUUGGGAAGAAGGCAUCAGACGCUAUGGAAGUCCUUGGCCAGCUGGAUGAGAAACAGCUGCCUCCCUUUGCUGAACCUGCCAGGAACCUUGUGUUGAGAAUCACAAACCUUUACAAGGAAGUCAAGUCAUCGGUGCUCAGCUUUUACAAUCAACUGAUGGAGACAGUGACGAUAAUAAUACCCAGGGCAGGGAAGAUGAUCUAUAAAGCUAUCAAGGCUAUCAUUGAUAGCUUUAGGACGUUCAACAAAGACCCCAAACAGGCCAUUUCUACUGUUGCUGGUAACGUCAUCACUAUUGGCCUAGAAGUAAAGAAUCUGGUAGACGCCGUUAACAAGACAAAGAACACAUUAUUUGCGACCAUUGAAACCCCCCCUGACUGGAUGAACCUAGCUUCCCAGGUGAUAGAGAUAGUGGAGGCGGGGUAUAAGGCAAAGAAGGCACUGCUGGAAGGUGGGGAGAAGUGGAUCAAGGAGGUUGUGAAGGGGAAGAGGGACCCUGUAGCGGAGUUUUCCAAGGGGAAGAGUAACGCGACUGCACUGAGACAGGAAGUUGUGACCAUGCUGAAGGACAUUGUUGAUGACGUCCUGGCUCCUCUUGAACCUCUGAAGAAACUGGGAGGGAAGUUCUUGGACACUUUCAAAAAGGUGUUUGAUCUCAUCAACAGUGUGAAGAAAGCUUACAACGCUCUGAAGGAAGGAUAUCGUGCAGCCCGCUCUUUGAUCGACCGUGUCUUCGGCCCCAAGUGUCAUAAGGAGUUCCCCCGCACCCUUCGACUUGCUGGGGGUGGAUGCAAUGGGCGUGGCAGCUACCCCUCCGAAUUGAAAAGUGGAAAGGAAUACGAGCAUGAAGGGAUAGAUGUGACCAUUUCUUCUGGAAAAGACAUUGUGGCUCCGUUUGCUGGCAACAUCAGGCUGUCUGACAAUCCCAAUGAGGUCAUCAUCAUCCCGACUGCAGGAUCUCUGAAGGAAACUGAGGUCAUCAUCACCAACAUCGAGCCCGACAGCUCCUUAAAUAUCCAGCAUCCGGGUGACUCUACUUAUGUCGACAGCCCAGUGAAUGCUGGACAAAAGAUAGGCGUGGCGGCCAACUCCCCGUGUGGGGGUAACGAGCACAUCCACCUCGCCCUGAGAAGAAAGGGUGGCUAUGUCGACCCAACACGCUACCUGGAGGUCAGAUUACCCGAAAUCCCGGAGUGGGUGCAAGAGUGUGACGACUACAAAGUGGUGUUUAAGUUUGAGACUAUAGCUGAAAAUUGCAUCAUCUGUCUGGAUGGUAAGAAGGACAAUGACACCAGUCCAGAGAGAGAAGGAGAGGAAAUUGAAAAACCUGAGGAUCUUGAUUCCUCAAAAGAUCCUACCUCAGUCGCCGACGCCGAAAAUGAAAAGCCAGAUUCCAUGUUCAAAAAGAUGCAGCCUCGAAAACAACAAAUCCAAGAAAAGGCCAAGAAAACCAAAGAUGGUGCUCUGGCAACCCUCUUCCAGAAGGCUGGUGCUUUUAUGAAGAAGUUCUCUAUCCGUAAUCUGAAAAUGGGGUCUAUCUUGGAUCUUCUAGAGAUUCUUGGCCUUGACGAGAGUCAGGAAAAGAUGGCCGAGGUCAUAAGAACAAUAAAGGAGAUGGUCGACAACAAGCCGUGUUUCAACCCGUAUCAGAUGACGGACGACCAACUGAGGACGGAGCUGACAGAGAGAGGGAUGAGGGCAGAGGGCACUCGGGAACAUAUGAUCAACUCCCUCACCACGCCAUCCAACUCCUGUCCUCUCAUGAAGAUCUCCAUGCCUAACAACAUCUACUGUACAUUUGACGACAAAUGUCUUGGGCUGGAAUGCUGCGUACAUUUCAAACUCUUUGUGUUCCGAAAAACCUAUAAAAUAUAUUCAAGAUUUGACCCCUGCGAUUUGAAAUUUUCUGUCGGUGCUGGGAAGUUCAACAAGUCGUUUGGAAUUGACGGUGACCUAAAGGAUAUAUAUGCAGGACUGGAGAAAACAAUUCCGACGAAUGUAAAACUGGAUAUCUUAGGAGGAAUAGAGCUGGUCAUUAAAGUGAAGCUGGAGAAGGAUGACACUGCUGCUCUGAUCACAGUGGCCGCCGGCUUCUGUUCUCAGGAUGACCACGAGAACUGCAUCGCCUUCUUUAACAUCCUUGACGAGUUUCCAACACCGCUACCAAUAUGUCAUCCAGACGGCUCAAUAACCUGGCCAGAGGUUGAUUACAAGGGUCUGUUUGAUAAGGAAUCAAUUAAGAGACGAAUUCGUGAAAGUGCCAAAGAGUUUGCCAAAGAUGCUAUAAAGAAGGGCAUCGAAGAACUACUUGACUUCAUCCCGUGCAUAUCCCCUGAUGCUCCAGGCAAGACAGAUCCCUGUCCCAGACCUGAGGCCCUGACUCGGGAUAUCCUCAAGCAGAAGCUCCAGCAGCGGGGAUUGCAGAUCACGGGCACAAGACAGGAACUGGAGCAGAGGCUCAGAGUUGGACACAAAACUUGCAGAUUGCUGAACAGGACAGUGACCCUCCCAACAAUAACAAACGAGAAGAUCAAUAAGGUCGUUUACAUGGAGAUAGCCCCGGACUGUCUGCGGUUUGAUGCGUGUGUUGACAUUAAGAUCGAGAAGCUGAAUUUCAACAAGGCCGUCAACGCUUACAUACAACUUGACCCUUGUAAAUUCACAAUGACCGUCAACUUUGAGGACUGCACUACGACAGUAAUACUGCUGGGAUACGACUGGGGGAAAGAGAAGACCACUAAACUGAACGACUGGGUUUCCAUAAGAUACACCAUUGACAGAAGUGAAGCAAGGAAGGUUUUUGUGAUUGACAUGGGUCUACAAAUCAGUGUUGGAGCAUCGGAACCGAUUCUGGACAGUUUGUUGAUCGAAAAACUAGAUGUACCUAUUCCCAUUUGUAAUGAAAACUUCUCUCUGCCGGGAAGCGGAUCUCUGAAGAAGCUUGCGGAGGAAAUGGGAGGAAAGCUAAUCAGAGAAGUUGUAGAUGUGGUGUUUCGAAAACUUGGACUGGAUAAAGUUCUGUUAGACGGAAGCUGUGCAGCAUUAACACCCAAACCAGACUGCCCUUGGUCCCUCCCAGACUACAAGAAGCUCCUACCCGGGAGUUUCCGGGACAACGUCAACUGUAAACUGCCGGACAACUGUUUCGGUGUAGAGUGUUGUGUGGACUUCUCCUUCAACAUCCCGCUGUUUGAGACCCCCCUCGUCAAGCACGUCCCCUUCUUCCUGAAGUUUGAGCCGUGUAACUUCACUGUUGAGGUCGGCUUCGGGAGCUACUACCAUAAGGAAAGACUGUUGACAUACAACUGGGGGACUGAAAAUCAACUGCAAAUAGGUAAUGGCAACCCAUCUCCAGUGAUCAUCAAAUUCACGAUCUCCAAGUAUCCCAAAGGUUUCCUCGUUGACCUGAGUGUGCACACGUGCAUCCCUAUAGAUGGUAACAGCUUCUGUUACCCAGAAGGAGGCAUGACGCUAAUGAAUCAGGAGAAGAUACCUGCCUGUGAUGCUAAUGCGCUGGUCGAGUUCACAAAACAAAAUUUCUCAGUUUCUGACUGGCUGCGCGACCUUGACCUUGACAUCAACCUGAAGUCCCUCUCCCAGGCAGCUGCCAGGAUGCUACUGGACAAGUUCGGCAUCUCCGAGUACCUGCUGGACCAGAGAUGCGAUGUGUCUAGACCACCAUACAGCCCUAGUGUUGACGGCUGGAGGAAUGAAUGCCCCAAGAGUAUUGGCAAGCUGCCCAAGCUUCCAACAGAUCUGUACUGCCACCUAGCGGACACAUGCACCAAGAUAAACUGCUGUUUCCACGUCCCCUUUCUGGAGAUGUCCUUCAACGCCGUCCUGAACGUCGAUAUGUGCGACUACGUCAUUUAUGCUGCCAUCGAGAACAAAACUACCACCAUAGGAAUGUUAGGGGUUGAUAUUGACCUUGAUGCUGGUACAUCAAUGAUGCUGGACAUCGCCGAUGUCUUCCAGAUCAAAUUUGGUUUGAAGAAGAAAGACAAGGUUCUGCUCCUUGAUCUUGACAUUGAGGUGUGCUUGGAGAAGGAUUCCUGCCUCUUCUCCACGCCUAUUAUGAAGGGAACCGAAGUUCCACAGCUUGUCUGCGACCUUGAUGCCAGGUGGAAUCUAAAGAACUUCAGUAUAUCAGACUGGGCCAAAGCCAGGGGACAGGACUUGACCAAGGGUCUGGCACGGACAGCUGUGAACCUUUUGUUGGAACAGCUGGGUAUCAAGGACAAGAUGCUGGAUCCACCCUGUAACCGCACCAGUCUCAAGUACCAGCCAGCUGAUGCGGGCAACUGGAAGAAUGAUUGUGACUUGGGCGGCAGUGCUGUCACCCUCCCAGCAAUAACUCUUCCCGCCAACUGCCACAUCAACGACAAGUGUCUGGGGAUAGACUGUUGUCUCCAUAGCAACGUCCUUGACCUGUCUCUUCACACGGCCUUCAACAUUGACCUCUGUAACUACCUUAUUGAAGGCUCCAUUGAGAAGUUCAGCUUUAAGCACAGCAUUCUGAACUCUAUCUGGGGAAAAGAAGAAGUAAUUACAUUCGAUGGUGUUCCUCUUCUCAAACUGAGGUUCAAGAUUGAUCGGCUUCUGUCCCAGCAAGUGUUCAUUGUGGAUCUGUCUGCGAGUCUGUGUCUGGAGGGAGAUGACUGUGAGCUGGAUCUGAAGGUGCUGGAUCAGACACGACUUCCCAUGCCAGGCUGUGCCAAGUUCCAGGGAUUCAAACUACAAAAUUUCUCUCUGAGUGAGUGGCUGAGGGAAAAGGGCGGUGAGAUCACAGCUCAGCUGUCAGCAGUCCUGCUGGAAGAGCUCGGUAUCAAACAGUUCCUACUGGACAGACCGUGUCAGGACUACCUGGAACCGUACAGGGGCGCUGUGGGGGGAUGGAACAAUGCUUGUCCUGAGAACAUCACCCUGCCAGCUCUGCCUCCCAACGUCUUCUGUCACGUGACCGACUACUGUACCGGGGUCACGUGUUGUGUCAAAGCGUCACAGGUCAAACGGAACUUCAAUGCCUACCUCUUCCUGGACUCCUGUAACUACAACUUGAGAGUCGGUAUUGAGAAGCUGGAGUUCAGUCACACACUGUUUAACUAUACAUGGGGUGAAACAGAAGUUAUUGAUCUUGGAGGACUUGUACGAAUUGAAUAUACCAUCAACUCGGGUCAGAAGAAGUUCCUGGUGAACCUGAGCCUUAAGGUGUGUCUGACUGCUGGAGAGGAAUGUCAGUUUACCUUCCCUGUGUUCACAGACAUGAUCCUACCUAAACCAUUCUGUGACUGGGAGGCCACCAAACAGCUACAAAAUUUCUCCCUGAGUGAGUUUGUGACAUCAGAAGGCGCUGCAUUGGCGGACAGACUGACGGACGCCCUGGUAGACAAGCUGUUGGACACUCUGGGUCUUUCAGACUACGUUCUGGAACCUCCGUGCUCCAUGGAUGAGCGAGGCGCAAAUGGUUGGAACUCAGACUGCCCAAAACAGGUUUCACUCCCAACACUACCAGACUCUGUGUCCUGCAGUCUCCCCGACCACUGUACAGGAAUAGACUGUUGUCUCAGUGUGCCCCUCAUCAGUCGAAAUGUCCACUUCAAGGUCGAUCUGGACAUGUGCAAGAUGACCCUCACACUAGCCAUAGAGAAGCUGGAGUUUAGUAGACUGCUCUUCAACUACCAAUUUGGAACACCUGAAUCGUUCAAUCUGAAGGGAAUAUUCCGAGCAGAUUUCACCAUCGACAACCUCGAGGGAGAGAAACAAUUCCUUGUCAGUCUCAACAUCAGUGCCUGUUUCGAGGCUGGAGGGAAGUGUCUGGUUGCCCUACCUGUGUUAAACCAAGCCAGAUUCCCCAACCCUGGAUGCGACUGGAACUCAACACUAUCCCUCAAAGGUUUCUCCCUGAAGAACUGGCUGAGCAAUAACAAUCUGAACAUUGGUCAAGUCUUGACCUCAGCAUUCCGGUUCCAGCUGUCUCUAGCCCUGGGCAUCUCUGAGUACCUCCUGGACCCCAUGUGUGACAGACAGAGGGGGAUAUACAAGGCGGACGCUACAGGGUGGAAUAAUGCAUGUCCAAAACCAAUGACCCUCCCAACCCUACCGGACAGCCUGUCAUGUCACAUCCCCGACUACUGCACUGGACUGGACUGUUGUGUGGAUUUGGUCAGUCUUGGGAUGUCCUUCAACUUCAAGAUCCUCCUGGACACGCGGAACCUUGUCCUGACUGUCGGUAUCGAGAAACUCACCGUACAGAUAUCACUGUUCAACUACAAAUGGGGUGAAUGGGAAAAUUUCAACCUUAAUGGCGUCGUUAGAUUGAGUUUCAAGAUUGACGACCUUGUUCAUGCUUGGAAGUAUCUGAUGAGUCUGAAACUAUCCCUGUGCUUUGAGGCUGACCAGCCUUGUGCUCUCAGCCUACCUGUCUUCACAGAUAUCAGCUUCCCUAAACUGGUGUGGAACUGGGACAACCCUUUCUCCUCGACUGGCAACGGCUUUUCUUUGAAGAACUGGCUAUCUGAUUUGAAGCUCCCAUCUGGCAAGAGACUCGCCGGUCUAGCUGUGUCCAAACUGCUGGACAAACUUGGUCUCACAGGCUACCUGAGUGACCCCCAGUGUAACAAGAGCCUGCCCCCCUAUGCUGGAGCAGUUGGGGGUUGGAAGAAGGACUGCCCUGCCAGUCUCACCCUGCCCACACUACCAGACUCCGUCACCUGUCAUCUGUCAGACCCGUGUGGCUCCAUACAGUGUUGUAUUGACGUGGACUUUAUCGGGAGAUCCUUCAACGUCCAGAUAGGAAUAGACCCUUGCACCUACACCUUCACCAUGGGCAUAGAGAAGCUCGUCUUCACCAGGGCCUUGUCCAGCUACAAAUGGGGUACUGUGGAACACUUCAACUUGAAGGACGUAAUCCGUGUAGAUUUCAUGAUCGAUGAUCUGUUUGGGGAAAAGAAGUUCCUGAUCAACCUCAACAUCAGUGUCUGUUUUGAGGAGGAUUCCUGUCUCAUUUCCUUCCCUGCUCUGAAGGAUGUCAAGAUUCCCAAGUUGAUCUGCGACUGGGACAGUACAGCAGCUCUUGCAGAUUUCUCUUUGUCUGACUUCUUGUCUGAGAUGAAGUCCACUGGAUCAGAGAGUCUCACUUCAGUCAUCGCAGCCAAACUGUUUGAGAGGCUGGAAAUAGCAGGGUAUCUGAAGACACCACAAUGUCAAAAUACAAGCAGCCCUUAUGUGCCUACUGUCAAUGGAUGGAACAACGAGUGUCCAGUUCCUGGGCUUGACCAGAACCUCCCAGAACUCCCUGGUUCCAUGGCAUGUCAAGUACCUGACAUCUGCACCGCCAUUGACUGCUGCAUCUACAUCGACUUCCUGUCACGAGCCUUCAACGUGUUCCUGACCGUGGACAUGUGCACCUAUCAGCUGACAGUGGGCGUGGAAAAUCUGGUCUACAAACGAAUGCUGUUUGAUUAUCAGUGGGGCACAGAGGAGCAUUUUUAUGUGAAAGGUGUCAUUCGAGUAGAUUACACAAUCAAUCGACUGCUGUCUGAGAAGAAACUGGAGGUGACAGCAGCUGUCAGUGUGUGUCUGAAACAGAACGAGUGUUUGUUCUCUAAAACCUUCCUUGACAAAGCCAAGAUACCACAACCCCUGUGUGACUGGGAGGCCAUGCUGAAACGGAGAAAUUUCUCACUGUCCAACUGGGCGUCAGGCAAGGGGCUGUCCUCCACCGUGUCUUCUCUCACGGAUACUCUGAUAUCUCAGCUCCUGGAUGAUCUCGGGGUGUCACAGUAUCUCCUCAGUCCAGCCUGUGACCAGUUAGCAAGUCCAUAUUCUCCUGCUGGGGUAAACAACUGGAAAAAUGAAUGUAGGAGCCGAGCCGUACCAUCCCUACCAGACUCAGUGCGAUGUCACCUGGCCUCCAACUGUUCCACUGUAGACUGUUGUGUCGAUGUUCGUCUCAUCAAGAGGACCAUCCAGGCCAAGUUUGAUGUGGAUGUUUGUAACCUUCAGAUCACAAUGACCAUAGAAAAACUAUCGUACACCGUGUCACUCCUGGAGUACGAAUGGAGAACAGAAGGACAUUUCAUCCUGGGAGAUAUGACACGGCUGGCGUACAAACUAGAACACAUCCCUGCCUCCCAGAAGCUGGUGAUUGACCUGAACAUCAAGAUGUGUUUUGAGGACAACACGUGUGUGCUUGAAGUCCCAGUCUUCUCACAGUCAGAGUUGGUCUAUUCUCCGUGUAGCCCGAGUCUACCAGUGUCGUUUAGUGGUGUCUCCUUUGAUUUUUGGAAGUCUGAAAAAUGUGCUCUGCAAACUUCCGCUUGUCCGGCAUCCCUCCCUGCUGCCAUCUCGAGCACCUGCCGACUGACUGACAACUGCAUGGGAAUCACGUGUUGUGUGGACGUCGACCUCAAGUACCUCGGCAUCUACUCCAUCACUGCCGGCAUCGAGGUUGACCACUGUAAUGACCAACUUGUGUACCAUAUAGAGAACAAAGAGUGGACGAAGAAGCUUCAGGCUGUGGACUAUGACAAAAACCACACUGAGCCAGUUGGCAACGCCAUCACUCUGAGCUACGUGAUCAGCAAAACGCCAUCUUUAUAUGAGGUGUCCUUCCACGUGAAGGUCUGUGCUAUGAACGGGCACGACCUCACCAACAACUGCUACUACUACAAACUCCUGGAUGAAAAGACAUUCCAGAUGCCAUCUUCAUGUUCGCCUGUUGGACGAAGAAGGAAAAGAAGAAGUCCUUUAGAUUUAAUACCCACAGGAGAUGCCAAGCGGAUCCUCAAUGAAGCGAUGAAACAGAAUUUCACGAAUGAAGAAAUCAAGGAUCUGUUUGACAGACUGAAGGCUGAAGCAAAAAGAGAUAGCUCACUGAUUAUAUCACGCACGGAUGAAGAUGGCACAGCGACCAACACUAAGAGUGCCAUCAAGAAGAUGGGUAUAGCCAACCCAGGAACCAUUCUGUACUCAGGGGAGGUCGGCGGUGGCAACGUUGUUCUGGGCAUGGAAGGAGGCGAGAAGAUCAUGAAGGUCCUGGGUCAGGUCACCGACAUCCUGGGUCGCGGGGAUCAGGCGUACACUGUGGGGAAAGGUCUGACUGGGAAAGGACUGCAGCUGCUCGGUGCUAAACUGGCCAACAUGAGCAUCGGGGAGAUGAUCGCAAUGUUUGAUGCCAAGAACAUCGACCCUGAACUUGCUCUUCGUGUGACGAGACAACUGAGAGAUCUGGCUCUUGCCCUGUAUUCCGAGAUCAUCAAUGCUGUCAUCAAUGGCGAUGGAGACAACGCAUUCAGCUCAUUUGACAUUACCCUUCAAGGAGACUUCAGCAUACCCAGAAAAAGCAUCAUUUUCUUCCGCUACGAGUAUUUCUUCCUGAUUGGGGGAAUUGUGCCCAUGACCUUUGAAUUCGGAGCAGGAGCCACUUAUGGAAUGGGAAUAGUCGUAGGAGCUAAGAUCCUUGGCAUGACGGUGUUUGGUCAAGUCGUGCCCUAUGGAAGUGCCCAUGUCUACGGAGAGCUUGGCAUUGGAUUUAUACUGUAUGGCAAACUGAGAUUUGACGGCUACCUCAUGAAUAUUGCUUUCCCAUCCCGGGCUGAGAUAGGGUUCUAUAAGUUUCCACUUGAUUUAAGUUUGACCAUGGAUAUGGAACUGGUCCCUCUCGAGAUGACCCUGCGAGGUCUAGUCACCCUGGAGGUCAACCUCUUGUUCGUCAAGAUCAAGAAGAUAUUGUACCAGGCUGUCAUCUGGCGAUAUGCGACUCCUGUGAUAAGGAAGAGACUGAUAGAUACAGGCAAGAAGGAGGAGGACAAGUCUCCACCACAGUUCCUCAACUAUGUGGACAAUACUGGAGGUUCUGGUCGAAAGAAGAGGGCAGUGUCCACAUCACGGAGCUGCUUAGUGAGACAACUCCCCGAUAGAGACUACACAGAGCCGGCUGUAGAGAUAGCCAUAGCUGCCCAGGAUGACAGGAGUCAGGUCCAGAUCUUUGUGGAUGCUGGGACCAAACCUGGACUCAGUGAUGUGCUCCGAAGAGUCAGUCUUGGUGGACCAUCUACAAUUAUCACUCAGCGAUUUUCCAAGAAUGGCUAUGGCGUCCCCGUCUUUUUCACGGUGUAUGGUGAGAACAGCGCAGGCGCGAGAUCAACCGUGACUUGCAGCAUCCCAACCUAUGACGUCACGCCUCCUGGUGGCAGACUGACAUCAGACUUUAGUUCAACCAGUAACCCAGCUGAGCUGAGAGGAAAUGUGGUGGUGUAUGAAGAUUCAGAUCUGGUUAAAUCUUCCGUGGGUGUUGGACUGGGAAAGGGAAUCUACGGAGAUGAAGUCAUAGCCUACAACUCUGUCAAUCUCAAGGACAGGACCAAUGCUCACUAUGACCCUUCAUCUGAUAAUUUUGGCCACGAAGCGCUGAAACAUUUCACGGGUCUGAAGGACGGCCGACUGAUUGGUCCGGUGUUUGCCGAGUUCUUCAGUAUGAACCAUGCCGGGUCCUGUGUGAAGGAGUGUAUGAAGUUCUCGGAGACCAAAUGUAUGAGCGUCAACUACGACUACGGCCCGAAAGGACAUUGUGAACUAUUAGAGGGCAUUGAAGGACACGACCAUAAAAUUUUCAUUUCUGAUCAGUAUGCUCACUAUGAGAGGCUUGGAGUUGGUCUUGCCCACGAGUUCAUCUACAAGGAUCUGUCUCUACGCCACGGUGUCAUGUACUACUUCAACAUCCACCUCAUCAACGACCUUCAGUUCGAGUCCAUCCUCCAUAGCAAGGGUGUUGUGGUGGAUGUCACAUCUCCUGAGCCGGGUCCACUGGCUAAUGUGAGUCUGGAUGUCCUGGAGGUGACCUCGUGUGAGAGUGUGGUUCCAGAUGACAGACCGGACUGGGAAGUCAGGUGUCGAGGUGUUAACAGUCAGAUAAAGAACCACAGGAUAAUUCAUGACGGCACUGGGUCAAAAACCCUUUUCAAUGGAGACACACCCCUCACCGAUCUCCUGUACACCAGAGCAAACAGAUACGUAUCAGCUAACUGGGACGGCAUCAUGGAUAAAGAGACUGGCAUCCUUGGCUACUCCUGGACCGUGGGGAGACAAAUCUGUGAGGAGCUGAUCCACCCUCAUCAUGACCCUCACAGGCACCUGUUUGACGAAUCAGAGUGGACCAACACUGGCCUCAUUUCCCCCAUUCCAGCUCCUCACGACCCCCUCCCAGAUGGGAAAUACUACAUCACACUCCGUGCCUUGAACAAGGUUAACUAUGGAGGUCCGCUAGUGACAACCAUCUGCCACACAACGCCCCUUGGAAUAGACAACUCGCCACCACUUCUGCAUGAAAUCUAUAACAUCUCCUAUGAUGAAGAUACCUUCUUCAUCAAUGCACAGUAUAAUGCCAGUGACCCAGAUUCAGACAUCAAAGAAGUGGAUUUGUGUCUGGGACAGACCACACGUGACUGUCAUCACAUGGACUGGCAGAGGUCCUCCCACAGUGAUGGCGACAUCACUCGUCAGUUCCAGAUCCCAGGUGGAACUCCUGUCUGGAUUAAAGUCAGGGUGAUCAACAACGUUGAUUUGAUGAAAGUGGGCGUUUCCGACCAUCCGAUCAUAGUCGACACAUCACCCCCUGAACCAGGCGUUGUUUAUGAUGGACCCGUCUUCAGACUUGACCUCAACUUUACCAAGGAUGCUGACAAGAUUUGUGCAAACUGGUUUGGGUUUUAUGAUCCCGAGUCUGGAAUUUCCCACUACGAGUUGUCGGUUCUUGAUGUCACAAACACCACGAUCUCCGAGCCGGUCAGUCUUGACCACAAGACACACGAGACGUGUGUCCAGCUUGACCCUGACAAGAGGCUCGAACACGGCAAGGCCUACAGCUUCUAUAUCACCGCAUUCAACGCUGGCCACAAACAGCUUAACGUAUCGGCAAUGUCAGAUGGAGUGAUCGUGGACCUGACUCCCCCGGUGCCGGGUAAAGUUGUUGACGGUAUACGGAACGGCUUUGACGACGUUGAGUUCAGUACCCACGUUGCCACAGUAGGAACCCAGUGGAGGAACCACAGUGACCCCGAGUCAGACAUCAGAGAAUAUGCAGUACAGAUACUCAGAGCAAAAGGGUUGUCGUCAGACUUUGAGGUAGUAAAGGACUGGAAGACGCUGGGCAAAGACGUCAGCCAGAUCGAGUGGCAUAACUUCCACCUGAACCAUCAGGACGUUGUCAAGACGAAGCUGAAAACCAUCAACAACGCCCUGGGGACUGUAGAACAGACAACAGAUGGGUUUGUAGUGGAUCUCACUCCGCCCAGGAUGGUGUUCCUGGGUGAUGGACGUGAACAGAACAAAGAUGCGGAGUUCCAGCUAUCUAGCACAACUGUGGAAGCCAACUUCCAGUUUAAAGAUGACGAAUCUGGGUUGGACCAUUACAAAUACCAGGUGUAUGAGCUUUACCAUGGGUCAAAACAUCAGAUCUACCCGGGCUCAGAAGGUUGGGAGAUCACCAGCGACCCAGGCAGCACCAGUCUCAGUAAGUCUGGCUUGAGUCUCCGACCAGGCGCCCAGUACAGUGUGAGAGUCGGGGCCGUCAACAGAGCCGGGGCCGUCGCCAUCUACGACACAAACGGUGUGCUUGUUGAUAAUACUCCGCCUCAGAUGAAAUGGGUCUACGUUGGCAUUUUCUCUGGCAAUGAAGAAGAGUUUAUAGACGGCUAUGUUACCCAGUCUGACCCUAGCGGUAUCAAGGCCACCUGGUUUGCCAUGGACAGUGAGAGUGGCAUCAAGUCGUACAUGGUGGCCAUUGGAACCACUCAAGGGGGUACUGAUAUCCUAAGCUGGAAGGACUUUGGUUCUGACAGAGACAAAUACAUGGACGAGUUGACCUUGACCGUGACCAACCUUGACACGAUGACCCCAGUUUACUAUGUGUCUGUGAAGGCGAGCAAUGGAGCCGAUCUGACCAGUGACGUCUUCACAUCAAACCCCAUUCGGGUGGUUGACCAAGACAAGGCAGGUAUUGUCAUCGACGGCGCCGACUCGACCGAGAGAGCUAACUUCAUGGGCAUCGGUAGCGACAUGGACUACCAGAAAGACACAGGAGUUGUGACGGUACAGUUUGCCGGAUUCCAGAGCCACGAGCAUGGUGUGACGUACUAUGACUGGGCGGUAGGCACGACACCUGGUGGCGAGGAGGUGCAACCGUUCAUCAUGGCGGGUCUCAUACAUGAAGAAGCAGAGACCAAUGUUCCUGGAAAUGGUAUCGCCAGCAUGGGGUUUGGCCAGGCUGUUCUACCGCUGUCAUCCGGCAGGACAUACUACACCACAGUCCGCGGCAUCACCAACGCAGGCAACAUCCUGGAAUCUACGUCAGAUGGAUUUACUGUUGAUAUUACGCCUCCUGAAAUCCACAUCGAAAGCUAUGGCUCUGAGAACAACCAGAGCAGACUGACCCCUACCACGACACUGUACCAGACUGAGGUGGACUCAAUCUCCUCCUCCUGGAGGGCUGCAGACAGUGAGAGUCCAGUCAAGAAGAUGUACUACUCUGUGGGGACCUACCCCCACGGGGAGGAUGUCCAGCCCCGGACUGACGUGGAGAUCUUGCUGACCGGCGAGGGGGCGCUACCCACUGGCAUCAAACCCACAACUGAUGGAAAACCAAACAUUCUGACUCUGACAGCCGAAAAUGAACUGGGGUUGUCUGCUAGCAUUAUCUCCCCUUAUCUUGUGGUGGACACCUCAUCACCAACAGAGGGGGUGUUGACAUGUCCAGGCUUCAUUCAGCCGAGAUCUGCAGUGGAGUGCACAUGGACAGGGUUCUACGAUGCCGAGAGUCAGGUUGUAGAGUUUGAGUUCGCUGUAGGCUCCCAUGAGGGGCUGGAGGACGUCGUAGCACCUGUCAAACUGCCGGGAAAUGCUGCCAAACAUCUAGUCUCAGGCUUAGCUGAUAAGGUGACACAUGGUCAGAGAUACUAUGCCAAGGUCAAGGCCAUCAACCAAGUGGGAAUGACGUCAUCUAGCAUCUCCAACGCCAUCAACGUGGACACCACACCCCCAUCGCCGGGCACUGUGGUGGAGUUGAAGUCUGUCUACAUCAUCAACGUCACCGACGAGAUCAUCACCGAGAAACUCAACACCUACAAGUGUGACACACAGGAAGACUGCCUGGCUAUAGACGCGGUGUGCCAGGAGUCUCUGUCCACUGUCAACGUGGCCUGGCAGACCUUCGCUGAUGACGAGACGGAGAUUGUCAAAUACGAGAUAGCUGUUGGCACUUCACCUGGAGGGGGACAGCUAAGGGGGUUCUUUGAGACUGAUGACGUCACAAAGAGAUACCUGUCGGUCACGGGCCUGAUACUGAAGGGAGUGAGACAGAUAUUUGUGACAGUAAAAGCUACCAAUGGAGCUGGCCUCAGCACAAUAUCCACGUCCAACGGUAUCUACAUGUCCUACCUCAGUCAGGGCUUGGAGCCGCUCACUCAUGUUGGAAUCUGGGAUGGCGACAGUCACGAUGGAGACCUUGACUUCCAGACAAGUCUGUCCCGAAUGGGGGCCAAGUGGGACGUGUCAGGUGACCCGUGUCCAGUGGUCAAGUAUGAGUGGGCAAUACAAAGGGCUGACGGUCUGAGGGUCCAGGAGUACUUCAAUACAGAAGGAAGAACUCAUGGCGACAACGACGAGCUGAGCAUGCAGAACAUGGAACGCUACUACCAGUACCUAUGGGUGACCAACGCCAUGGACUACACCUACACCAUCAGGUCGAACGGCAUCACCAUCGAGGAUGACCCCCUGGUGCCUGGACAGGUCAAUGAUGGAGAUGUCAUGGGAUUUGACCUUGAGUUCUUCCGAACUAAAAGUAAAGUCAGCGCCAACUGGGAUAAGUUUGGCAGUGAUGGCAAUGCUGACGACAUGUCAACAGGAAUAAAAGCUGAUGAGGACAAAGAGAAAUCUUCCAACCAAGAAGUCGCUUUCUACGAGGUUGCUGUUGGAACUGACCGCCGUUUCCCCAAAACACGUGACAACGUUGUGCCGUUUGUCAACGUUGGCCUCAACAAGACUGUGACCUUUUACGACCUUGACCUCACCCCCAUCACGGCAAUGUAUUACUUCACUGUGAGAGCACACAGCCGUUCCGGGUCUAGGACUGACGUCACGUCCAAUGGCUUCUCUGUUGGCUUUGAUGGAGGAGUCUCCGCUGGUUUCAUCGACAUGAAGGAAUUUGUCAACGCUAACACUUCCGUAGAUGUACCUUGGGACGGGUUCGAAUCCAAGAUCGGCAUGAUGAUGUACUACGUGGGCCUGUCCAACAACACGGAGGCUGGCAACUAUAGAUGCGGACAGUUUACUGAAAGAGGCUCCAUCACUGACGAUGAACGACAAGGUAUUUUCAACAUUGUGGACCUACAAAAUGUCGGGAAGGACACCUUCAUGAAGUUUGAAAAUCUGUCUCUUGAGCAGAAUGGAGUCUACUAUGCUUGGGUUGUCGGUGCAGACAAGGCCGGAGAGUGCAACGUGACUAGUCACAUGUUCCAGGUAGACGUCACACCUCCAGUCAAAGGCAGGAUCAGAACAGGGCCCUAUUAUGACAUGCAACUGAGUUACUCGGCGAGCAGUGAGAGUCUUCAGACCUACUGGACAGACUUCAGUGAUGAAGACUCGGGCAUCCGCUGCUACCACGCUGCCCUGCUGAAGAGAGCCUCCUGUGACAAAGACUCGGCGGAAGAAACUGUCGUAGAUUCCAUAGAGAUUGAUGUCAACUACACGUCUUAUAAAUUCAUGGACAUCACUAUGCAGGGCAACACUCCCUACUUUGUGCGUCUCGUGGCGGAGAACUUUGCUGGUCUCAAGUCGACAUUAGACUCUCCGCCAGUGCUGUACGACAACUCCCUCCCCUCCUCCGGCCUCGUCAUCGACGGACAUGACUUCACUCACGACAUCAGCUGGAGCGGCUCUGCCAACACCGUCACAGGCACAUUCCUUCACCACCCUGUGCCCGACGUGUCUCCAUGUCCUGUCAGACUGGUCACAUUUGAUGACUCGGAGUGGAAGUACCUGGAGUCAGACCGGAACUACGACAGCAACAACCGUAGCUUGACCUUGACCUACAGGUCAGCCAACGUCCAUCCCGAGUCCGGCAAAGUGGACAUCAAACUGUCCCGAGACACCAAGACUGACACCAUGUUUUCUGGAACCUACUUCAGAGAUGCUGACCUUGUCAAUGGCGGGGAGUAUAAGCUGUCUAUCCGAGCUGCAGCAGGUGAUGGCCAGGCGGUCACCAGUGUCCUGUUCUGGGACGGCCCAGAUGACUACAUCCUGGACUAUGACUACACACCAACACUGGACUGGACCGAGUCUGUCUGUGCCUGUUGCAGGGUGGAACCUGUUAAUGCAUCCUGUACGUGCAACUGUGAUUCUUACCUACAAGCGGAGAGGUACUACAAGAACAUCACCAAGAGAUCUGUGGAUGGGGAUGACCCUGGCUACGAGGUGAAGAAGCUGACGGACGAGGAAAAGAAGAAGCUUCAAGGGACAGGAUCCAUCACUGGCAAGACUGAUAUCGGGAAUCCUAAUCUUAACCCAAGGAAGGCCUGUGGAGUACAAUUAUUUGGAGGUACAGCAGCCAAGUUAGUGGCAUGGUGUGGUUACGGGGACUACCUCAACGAACCUGUAGAAGCAGUGAAAGAUCUUCAACAUGACCCCUCCACAGAUUACCAUCAGUACAUUGUCAAGUUCACGACACAGAGAGACGAAGCAAGGGGAUCAGAGGUUACCUGGUGCAUGGCAGUCUUCAUAGACGGGGAUCUGCUGACGGAGCAGUGUGGAAUACCGCGUCUCUCUCUUGACACCAAACUCUUCCUGGGAGUCUGGAAUCACAAGAACUAUAUUCCUGACACUGAACGAGAUUCGGAAGGACACUUACAAGUUUGGAGUGCUACGGCUUCAUUUCGUGACCUGGUGAUGCCAGCUGACAAGGAGAAGUUGUGUCGCUAUGGCAACCCUUUCCAAGGAGGUAACAACGCCAUUGUUCGGUAUGAGGCAGGAAUCGGGUCAGCUUCCGGUGUCUCUGAUGUAGUGCCGUACCAGCAGGUACAUACUCCGUGUAUCCCCUGUCUGACACCCUGUGACAUGUACACAUGUGACGCAGCUUGUGACAGCUCAUCAACAGACCAGGUCAAGAUCACCCUCAACGACCUCAACCUUACAGAAACAACAGUCGUGGAGGGAGAAGUAGUCCCUGUAUUGUACUACCUCACAGUGAAAGCUGUCCUUGGGUCUGGAACAGAGGCCGUAUCGUCAUCUGACGGCUUCAACAUCGACACGUCACCACCACUGUUUGACACCGACGUCAUGCUCUACAUCGACGUCACCCAGGGCAACUUCACCCCUGUGGCGUACCAGGGAUCCAACGACACCAUCAAGGCGAUAUGGAAGUGCAAUGACAACGAGAGUGAAAUUAUGAACUACGAGUGGGCGAUAGGCAGAGCGCCAGGAGGAGAGGAGUUGCAGACAUUUGUAGCAACUGGGGAGUAUCCUGGAUCGAUGAACUCCGGACUUGAGGGCCUCCUGGAACACAACAAGACAUACUACGUGACCGUCAGAUGUACCAACGGGGGAGGGCUGGUCACAACAUACGCUGAUCCUAGAGGUGUGACCGUUCUGCUUGAGCCUCCCCUUGUUGAUGAUGUCAACACGACAAUAGUGGGUGCUGAAUCCCUUGGAGAGAAAGUGGUGCCGCCAAACUCCAUGAAAACCAAAGACAAAAACACCGUGGGUGCUUCCUGGACGGUGUCUGCAGAUGAGAGUGUCAGGCGAUAUGAUUUCUGUGUGGGGAGUUCCGAGGCCAGCAUCAGUGACAUCUUCCCCUGCACGUGGGUCGGCUACAACACGUCGGGGACGGUUACAGUUGCAGAUGGAUACCUUAAACUAAAUGGCCGUAAUAUCUACAUGCUGAGUCAGUACCAGCCAGGUUACAAUGCCUCGGUACCCGGCACCACGGACAAGUCAGCCUUCACCAUGGCUCCAGGCACAGAGAUGUUCAUCUUCAUGAAGAUGUGUAAUGAGGCCCAGCUGUGCACGACCAAGUUGCUGGGCUCCACCAUAGUAGAGACAGACAAGUCCACGAUGGCAACGUCGUCUGAUGGUUCUGCCGUCACUGUAGAUGUUGGGGGUGGUGCGAGGAGGAAGAGGGACGUUUCAGGAGUAACGGUAUCAACGCCAGAUGGUUUACUAGUCGGUCAGAGCAUUGUGGCCACUCAGCUCACGAAGCUUGACCUUGAGACAGAAUACAAGUCUGACGCCUCUGUGGAGUUUGUCCCUUACAUCACUGACCCAUCUACAUCAACCACAGAAGAUGCCUUUACCGACAGAAUCCUCAGAAAGAGGCUCAACUACCAGGACACAGACUUCUCCUUCUCUCUCACUAGUGUUGGUAAUCUUCCCAUGCCAGGGCCGGUGAAGGUGACCUUCACCUAUGACCCCACGGUCACCAAUACAACCUUGAUGCUGCUUCACUGGAAUACUGAUGCCCGACAGUGGCAACAGAGCAACAAGACCUGUCACCGUGAAACAGACACGGAGGUCAGAGACCCCGUGACUUCUCAAGUCACGGUCAAAGUUUGUAACACAAGGUCGACACCAGACAGCAGCAGUUCCAGACGUCGGCGGUCUGUGUCUGACACGUACUUCACACACCCGACCCAGUUCCUACUGACUUCAGCUCUGACAGAGAUACCAAAUUCACCUCCUCAGCUCACCAGCACCACGUCUCUUGUCAUGCAGGAAGACCAGGGUACAAUCGUAUACCAGAUGACGUCCACAGACGCCAAUGGAGACGUGGUCAAGUACAAGAUUAGUGACAACUUCGCUGUGGCUGAUUUAGAACUGACGUUGUCAGAGGAUGGAUUGAUGACCUAUACACCUGCUACCAACUACUACGGAUCAGUAGAGGUCCCGGUAAUUCUUUAUGAGGUGCCUCAAUCUGAGAUACCACCGGCUGAAACGGCUGUAAACAUCAGCAUCAUCAUCACCUCCGUCAACGACGCCCCAAGCGCCUUCAUCUUCAGUGAUGGAAUCAGUUUCCUUCACGCAGAUCCGGCCCAUCCAGUCCUGAUUCUGCUGGAGCAGGUACGAGUAAAUGACAGCAGCCCUACAACAUACAGAUGGGAAUUCGGUGCGUACGACGUUGACGUUGACGACAACAUGACCAUCUACUACACUCAGCCAUCAAGCGGGACCCUCACAGUCGGCGACGUGAACACCGUGGUACCCUGCUCAUACAAUACGAGCGGCAUCCCCUGUGACAGGCUCAACCUCCCCCAUCCUCCUGACUCCCUCAACUGGGUCUACAGGACCUUCCAGUACCAACCUGACCCUGGUUACCAUGGUUACGAUGAGGUCCGUGUAUACGCACAGGACCAAGCAGGGGUAUACUCGGAUGUCAUCACUAUCAAACCAACUGUUAUGGAGAGGCCAUGCGCGAAUGGAGGAACAUGUAAAAGCAAGAAGGAAAGCGUGUACAACUGCACCAACUACCGCCGUGCUGAAGGUUUUGACCUCUACUAUGAGUGUGCGUGCGCACCUGGCUGGACCGGCAUUCAUUGCGAGGAUGACGUCAACGAGUGCAGCAGCUCUCCGUGUUCCUGGCCGUACGUCUGCUACAACGACGUCAACAGAUACUACUGCGCAUGUGCAAAAGAUAAUCCAAAAUGUGAUGGGUUGCAAGCAUGGAUGAUCGGUCUGAUUGUGUUGGCGGGGAUAUUGAUAAUCAUCUUAUCCUUGCUAGCUUGGUAUCUCUGCAUGCUCAAACGAGGACGUUUCCACUGGUCAUUGACAUUUUACAAGAUCUUCCGUAUCCGACCUAAGGGAUCCAGAACACCCUUUGUCAAUGAAGGCUUUAGUGAUGAUUUGAGCGGAAGUGAGAAAAGCCAUAAGUCCCGUGCGUUAUCCGGAGCGUCCGGCGUGUUCAUGCCCAGUCGGCGGCCAGAUGACCCCACAACUCCGAUGAGGUCAGAACGAUCUCUGCGACCGGUGCCCCAUCUUCACGACCACGAUGCCGCAAGAGUCCUAACCAGUGAGCCACAUCUGGGAGAGGCAAACAUCCGCUUUGUCCACUCCAGACAUCAACUGUCUCGUCCUGACUUCACUCGUGGUGCAACAACGGACCGGCCCAGAACACCAGUCGAGGAUUACGAAGAAAGACCAAGCAGUUCAUCCUCUCUUAUCAGGGGCAAGUCUCUGGGCAGAAGAAAGUCACGCCGUGUCGCCCCCGGCCCCGAACCGGAACCAGACUAUGAUGCUUGAAGAACUCCAGAAAUUAUUAGAUAGUUGUCUUUCAGAAAAUGCUUAAAUGUAACUUACUUUUUGUUAUUUGUAAACACAUGUCGUGCAAAUGGUUGAUUUAAAAAUAAAGGUUACUUUACUGAAUGUUGAAAAAAUCAGCUAAUUAAAUAAUAAUCCCCAGUCUAAUAAUCUAAUUACAAGGGCUUCCAUUGAUGGAAACUGCUGACAGGAUGUCAUCGAUAAAUGAUAUAUGAAUGUUGGCUGUGUGUUUCUAUUAAUGAAAUCUCACAGAUUAUUCCUCUGCUGUUGUAAGAAAGUUUAAAUUAGCGUCAAGACACGCAUAUAACUCGAGCGGACAUUGGAAAGUUGAAUAUGAACUUUGUUGAAGUUAAAAAAGUUAAAAACAUGUAUAUUUUAAUCCGUUUAAGACGGUUAUAUUAAAUAUUCACUUUCAAGAUCAACGCUGAAGAUUGUACUUGCAUUUAUCACAACCGAUCACGCACCAGACAUGAAUGUAUUAAUGAAUCGCAUAAUUGUACUUUUUAAUAUAGUUAUUGACAUUUUUCUCCAAAAUAAAUAUUCUUCAGCAAAUCAAA